UCUACUUUUCACCUUCAUAGCUUUGCAAUUAGAAGGGAAAAUAUCACUAUUAUCUUUUUGUGAUGCACUUUCUUGUAAAAGUGGAAUUCUUGAUCACCAGUUGGUUAGUCGGUUGCAAUAUUGUGUGUGCGAGUCAAAUGUGAGUCAAAAGAACAUUUAUAGUAAUUAGAGCUUGUGUAAUUUUAAUCAUUUUUCUAGAGAAAAUGUCUUUAUCACUUUUUGAAAACAGAUGCAAUUGACCAAUUUAGACAAUUUUGCUAUGGCUAACUUAACUUGAAGACAGUAAGUCCGAAUUAUUCUGGAUUUAGGAAAUGUGCAGCUUGCCCAAAUGUAGGAGAAAGCUUAUGAAGCAAUUAUUAACUUUACUACCAACUUUAGGAUCUUGUUAGAAUAGUUUAUAUAUAUAUCUAAUUGUGAAUAAAUUUAGAAAAAUGGAAGCUUGUUUUAUUGUAUGGAUGCCAAUUUUGGGUUGGUCUUGAAAAAAUCUUCUUCUAAAUCAAAAAAGAUGCCAAUACAGUCAGAGCAGUUGUUUGUUGCAGAUACUGAAGUUGUUAAUUUUUUGGAGAAAUACGACGAUUCAUCAGGGGAAACAAGGAAAGAUUGCAGUAAUUUUCAAGCUGGCAACAACAUCCGUUCUAAGCGGAAGACAAAUAAGCUCAGUGUUACUGGUGUGUUUGGCAUGUCGUGUCGACAUGAAUAUUCAAAAUUAUUUUUAAAUAUGUGCCAUGGGGAAAGGUUGGGUUAUGCUGUUAUGCUGUUAGAUAAGAUUUUGCAGGAAUCUAAUGGAAAACAAUUAAAUGUGCAUAUAGUAUACGAUAUGGCAUGUGUUUUAAAACGACACUUACAGGUUAGUUACAAAAACUUUCAAAUAUCAAGUGUAUGAGAAAGCGGUUCUUUAACAGCAGAGUGAUAAAGAAAUGUUUUAUAAUACAAUUUUUAUACAGAAAAAACAAACCAUGACGUAGUACAACCAUUUCAAUUUCGGUAUACCUUUGUUUCCUUCAUAUGGUCACAACGUUAAUUGCCAGAUAGGUAAUUAUUAUCACUUGUUUAAGUGCUUAAGAUCAUAAUA